AUGGUGUCGACAACUCUCCCCAUCGUCCAGCCAGGAUCACUUCCCACCGGCACGCCGCAGUUUGAAUCAUUGAAGCGACGCCACCUCGGUGAGUUUGCGGCCAAGGUGCCGAAAGAGUUGAUUCUCCCACGAGAUGUGAUUGAGAACCCUCCGAAGGAUGUGACCGGCAUUCCGGCUUCAUGUGGACUCUUGACACCGGAAGAGGUCGAGAUUACGGAAAAGUACGACGCAACGGCUCUCGCAGAGGCUAUCGCGGCUAGGAAACUCACCUCGGUGGCCGUAGUCACUGCUUUUGCCAAGCGCGCCAUCAUUGCCCAUCAACUGACAUGCUGCCUGGGAGAAUGGUUCAUGACCGAAGCAGUGGCUAGAGCCAAGGAGUUGGACGACCAUCUUGCAGCUACGGGGAAAACCAUUGGCCCGCUGCAUGGUGUACCCAUAAGCGUCAAAGAGCACAUUCCCGUCAAAGGACAUUCUGUGCUUGGUGCAUCCUGGGAUACCAGAAGAAUCGCCAAGGAAGACUGCCACAUGAUAUCCAUCCUUCGCGAAGCCGGUGCUGUCUUCUACUGCAAGACCAUGCAACCUCAGGCCUUGAUGCAUCUGGAGACUGUAUCUCUGGCUGGUCGUACGCUUAACCCUCACAACAUUCUGUUGAGUGCUGGUGGCUCGACUGGUGGUGAAGGUGCUCUGGUGGCGAUGCGCGGCUCCGUCCUCGGCAUCGGUACCGAUAUUGGUGGUAGCGUUCGUGGUCCUUCUGGUUUCUGUGGUAUAUAUGGGUUCAAGCCCACGUCAUACACGUUGCCAAUGAAGGACUUUUCGGAAGGAGGCUUUUCAGCUGAGCUCAAUGUCUUGUGCUCGGUCGGACCAAUGUGCACAUCAGCUCGGGACAUGGAUCUGUUCAUGUCCGUCAUUUUAAGCGCCAAGCCUUACCUCAAAGACCCACGGAUCAUUCCAAUCCCUUGGACUGGUCUGGCUACCGAACAGAAGAAGACUCCCUUGAAGAUUGGAUUCAUGAUGAAUGACGGUGUGAUUGAGCCGCAGCCUCCAGUCACAAAAGGCCUGCAAUGGGUAAGAGAACGUCUACAGUCGCAUCCUGAUUUUGAAGUCAAAGACUUUGCGCCCUUCAAGGUGGCCGAAGCCAUAAAGAAUUUGCGCCUCGCCUAUUAUCCGGACGGAGGCAAGGUGUUGCGCGAUCAUUUCAGAGCUUCCGGUGAGCCGACGCUUCCAUUGACAGAAUGGAUCGUACGAGAUGCAGAGGGGGACGACAUUGGGAGCUCUGGAGUUCUCAAGCAUCGACUGCUGCGCGACGAUUUCCGGUGCGACUUUGCCGAGCACUGGAAUGCACAAGACGUGGACAUAAUCAUUUGUCCAGUAUUUGUCGGGACAGCGUGUUCGCACGAGACGGCCUUUUACUGGAACUACACGGGUUUCUGGAACUAUGUCGACGCUCCCGGUGUAGUCAUUCCGACGCCAAUCAAGGCAGGGCCAAAAGGGACAGAGACGUACACUAACCAAACACCACUGAGCCACGAGUGUACCCAUGUGCGCGAACUAUGGGAGGAAGGCGAUUUCGAAGGGGCGCCCGUCAAUAUCCAGAUCUGUGCAAGGAAAUAUCAUGAUAAUGAUCUCUUUGCUGCAUUGAGUGCGAUUGAAAAAGCUCUACGUUCCUGA